AUGGUUUCCAGCUUCCGGUUUCUGUGCGUGGAAAUAGACGACAACCUAACCUGGAGUGUCAACACCACCACCAUCAUCAAAAAGGCACAGCAGAGACUACAUCAGCAGGUCAGUAAUCAGGUUCUUGUCUCCUCAGCUCUACAUGAGGACCUGGCCGUCGUUGGUUGUUCAGACUCUGAUGGAGAGCAAACGUACACUCUGGAUGGUGAAGUGAUCUGGUACGCAGACUUCAUCAAGAAGGAAGGAGUCAGUGGUCUGCCUCCUUUUGUAGAUCAUUUUACUUACCUAGGAGGUUAUGAACAAGCUGAGGCUCAGCAACAGAUCUGUAGAUCAAACCUGAACAUUCAUGGUAUUGCCAUGAAGGACCAGCCUCCAGAAAAAGAUCCUCCCAACAGUCCGGUCAUCUACACUGAAGACGACGUGCAGCUGGAGCAGGAGAACACCCUGAUCUGCUUCGUCUCUGGUUUCUAUCCGGCUCCUGUCAAAGUCUUCUGGACCAAGAACGGAGAGAAGGUCACUGAAGGAACCAGCAUCAACGUUCCCUUCCCCAACAAAGACGGCUCCUUCCACCAGAUCUCCAGACUGAACUUCAUCCCGCAGCAGGGAGACAUGUACGGCUGUUCAGUGGAACAUCUGGCCCUGACCGAACCCCUGACCCGAACCUGGGAUGUGGAGACGACUGUCCCUGGUGUUGGACCUGCGGUCUUCUGUGGAGUGGGUCUGACCAUCGGUCUCCUCGGGGUGGCAGCAGGAACCUUCUUCCUCGUCAAAGGAAACGAGUGCAGCUGAUUGGUUGGACCUGAUGACAUCAUCAUGGUUCUGUACAUAAUGUGUUCUGGAGCUAGAAUCUAAAAUCUAACCACAAAAUCACCAUCUAACUGUUUAAUGAUCUGUUUUUCAUGUGUUUAGAUCUCCAUCAGUUCUUAUUGAUUAUUGAUAGAAAACCACUUUAUUGCGUUGAUCUUGGAUCGGAACCUCUGAGACUCAUUGUUUUGUCAAAAGUUCAACUUUUCAAAUAAAACUUUAAGAUGAAAAUGUUUUAAGAAAUUAGUUUCACUAGUUUUCUAACUUCCUGUUUCAUUCAGAGUUUUCACCUGUCUGCAGGGUCGAGGUUUUGUCUCUAUUCUUUUAUUCUUUUGUUAGAUUUCGUUUUUGUCAAAUCGUGUUUGUCAUAUUUCUGUCUUGUUAUUAAACUCUUCAUGAUUUAUUCUUCAAUAAAUAAUAAACCAGUGUAA